ACUUUCACUUCCCUUCACAGCUGCAUCCCUGAGGUGUCCUCCACCGUGCAGGCACACUCUGUUUGUGCUUCCCAGAGAAAUCGGUUGUCUACUGCUCUCUUUUAAACUCAGUUUCUUUACAGUAGACAAGAAGUUAUCAUCAUCAUGAACACUCUGAACCAACAGUAUGACGAGAAGGUGCGUCCCUGCAUCGACCUCAUCGACUCUCUCCGCUCCCUGGGUGUAGAGAAGGACCUGGCACUGCCUGCCAUCGCCGUGAUAGGAGACCAGAGCUCCGGGAAGAGCUCCGUGUUGGAGGCGCUGUCAGGGGUGGCUCUGCCAAGAGGAAGUGGCAUUGUGACAAGAUGUCCUCUCGAACUAAAGAUGAAGAGAAAGAAAGAAGGAGAGGAGUGGUACGGAAAGAUAAGCUACCAGGGCUGCGAGGAAGAGCUAGAAGACCCUUCAGAUGUGGAGAACAAGAUUAGAGAAGCUCAGGAUGAAAUGGCUGGGGUCGGGGUGGGGAUUAGUGAUGACCUCAUCAGUCUGGAGAUCGCUUCUCCUGAUGUUCCAGACCUGACGCUCAUUGACCUGCCCGGCAUUGCCAGGGUGGCUGUAAAGGGCCAACCAGAAGACAUUGGAAAACAGAUAAAGGGACUGAUCCAGAGGUUCAUCACAAGACAAGAAACCAUCAGCUUGGUGGUUGUUCCAUGCAACGUGGACAUAGCGACCACAGAAGCUUUGAAGAUGGCACAGGAGGUGGAUCCUGAUGGAGAGAGGACUCUGGGUAUCUUGACUAAGCCUGACCUGGUGGACAAAGGUACAGAAGACACAGUGGUUGAAAUUGUCCACAAUGAGGUCAUCCACCUGAAGAAGGGCUACAUGAUUGUCAGGUGCAGAGGUCAGAAGGAGAUCACAGAGAAGGUGUCUCUUACUGAAGCAUUAGAAAGAGAGAAAGCCUUCUUCAGAGAUCAUGCGCAUUUCCACACUCUCUAUAAUGACGGACAAGCUACUGUCCCUAAACUGGCUGAGAAACUCACACUGGAGCUGGUGCAUCACAUUGAGAGAUCUCUGCCUCGACUGGAGGAGCAGAUUGAAGACAAACUUGAACAGACUCAGGCAGAACUGGAGAGAUAUGGCAGUGGACCCCCAUCUGACGCAGCUGAGAAACUCUUCUUCCUCAUUGAUAAAGUGACAGCUUUCACUCAGGAUGCCAUCAGUCUGACUACAGGAGAGGAGCUCAAGUGUGGAGACAAGCUCAAUGUCUUUUCUACACUCAGAAGAGAGUUUGCGAAGUGGAAUGCCCACCUGGAUCACUCAGGAGAAAAGUUUAACAAGAGGAUUGAGAAAGAGGUGGAGAGCUAUGAGGAGAAGUAUCGUGGAAGAGAACUGCCGGGCUUCAUCAACUACAAGACCUUCGAGGUCAUGGUCAAGGAGCAGAUCAAACAGCUGGAGGAACCAGCUGUCAAGAGACUCAAGGAUAUAGGAGAUACUGUCAGGAAGGCGUUCAUACAGCUGGCCCACAGUAGCUUCAUUGGAUUUCCUAACCUCAUUAAAACAGCGAAGGCCAAGAUUGAAGCCAUUAAGCAAGAAAAAGAGUCCACUGCUGAAUCCAUGCUGAGGACCCAGUUCAAGAUGGAGCUGAUCGUCUACACUCAGGACAGGACCUACAGCAACAGUUUGAGUGACAGGAAAAGAGAGGAGGAUGAGGAAGAAGACAAAUGGAAAGGCCAAGUCUUUGCUAAACAAAGGAGUAUUGUAUACAGAAUGGAUAAUCAUGCAACACUUGAGGAGCUGAUGCUGCACAUUAAAUCGUAUUACAAAAUUGCCAGCCAGCGUCUGGCGGACCAGAUCCCACUGGUGAUCCGCUACCAGAUGUUGCAGGAGUCUGCGGCCCAGCUGCAGAGGGAGAUGCUGCAGAUGCUUCAGGACAAGGAGAACAUGGAUUACUUGCUGAAGGAGGAUUGUGACAUCGGCAGCAAGAGGGCUGGUCUGCAGAGUCGCCUCAAACGCCUCAUGAAGGCCCGCGCAUACCUGGUGAAGUUCUAGAGAAGGUCCUGGCUUGACAGCUUGAGUCUACUAUACCUCUUUUAUUGGUCAUAUACAGGACUGUGGUUGUCUGUUGCUGUAUUAUUAUUCUUUUUUACAGAGUCCGGUGUAGAAUGGACACAUCUGUAAGUCAAAACAGGUCAGUGUUGGUGCGUGGGGACUUGUUUUAAAUGUACUGUAGUAUCUUCUCCUGUUGUCAUUCCCAAUAAACAACUCCAACGCCUGUUAUUUCAUACUGUAUGUCAAAAAACAAUCAUAGGAGCACACCAUGUUUCCAAGAUAUACCUUCUCUUGACAUAUUAUCCCCAGAAAAGAUUAUUAACAGUGUGUCAAUACUGUGAUGCUUUGCCAGUGUUUACAGCUCAUGACUGGACCUCUUUAAAGAAAACAGGUAGUUAAUGUUUCUUAAUGUACAACCCCAGUUCCAAAAAAGUCGGUACACUGUGACAUAAAAACAGAAUGUGAUGAUUUGCAAAUCGUUUUCAACCCAUACACAGAUACAGUGUAGAGACAAGAUUUAUAAUGUUUUUGGUAAAUAUACUCUCAUUCUGAAUUUGAUACCUACAACACAUUCUGCAUGUGUUACAACAGCAUGGCUUCGUCGUUAAAGAGUGCAGGUAUCACACAGGCCUGCCUGCAGUCCAGACCUGUCUCCAAUUGAAAAUGUGUGGAGCAACUGAGGUCGUAUAUCAAGCAAGAGCAGGAAAGAGUUUGAUUUUCAAAACUUUGACUACUGGUGUCUUCAGUUCCCAGUUUUGUUUAGCUGAGUGCUGUCAAAGGAAAAGGUUUAUCAGUUUAAAUAUUAAAUAUAUUUUCUUUCUUCUGUUCAGUUGAAUACAAAUUGAAAAGUAUUUGCCAAUCAUUGCAUUAUGUUUUCGUUUGCAUUUUACACAGUGCCCAAACCUUUUUCAAGUCAGGGUUAUAUAAUCACACACUUAAAAAUGUUCCAGAUGCAUGUUUUUCGAAUUUAUUUGUUUAAAUAAAGAAAAAAUGGACUUGGA